CACAUUCUGUGUUCAGAUGUGCAGAGGGGUAAAAAGAGGAAGGAAGACAGAGCCUUGGAGCGUCAGACACUAUUGGCAGCCACUAAGGCUCUUGGACUGAUUCCAGCCAUGGAAGCAGAAUACAGAAUUGACUUGGACUACAUCACGGAGCGUAUCAUUACCGUAUCCUUCUCCAAGGCAGUUCCAGAUCAGAUCUACAUCAAAAACCUACAGGAUAUCACCCAGAUGAUCAAGUCCAAACAUGGCCAUAACUACAUGGUGAUCAACCUCUCAGAGAAGAAUGCUAGCCUAACCCAGAUGAACCCCGAGGUUUUAGACACGGGCUGGCUGGACGGAUUGGCACCAUCUCUGGAACAGAUGUGUGAUGUGUGUAAAACCAUGGAGAACUGGCUACAGUCACACACAAAACAUGUACUGGUCAUUCACUGCCAGGGAGGUCAAGGCAGAGUUGGAGUGUUGGUUGCCACCUACAUCCACUUCAGCUGCUUAUCAGACAGUGCAGACCUGGCUCUAGACCACUUUGCCAUGAGAAAGUUCUACAAUGACAAAGUAUCAUCCCUGAUGUCUCCCUCACAGAAACGAUAUGUGUGGAUGUUCAGCAGUCUACUGAAAGGAGUGAUGAAGAUGAAUCCUUCUCCUCUCUUCCUCCCAUGUGUCCUCCUUCACGGCGUGCCCGUCCUCACUCCAGAGGGAGGUAGAAUCAGUCGCCGUCUGUUCCUGAGAGUGUACCAGAACCUGCAGGCUGUCUGCACCUCAGCAGUCCAUCAGGUCGGACCCGGACGCACAGACAGUGUUUACUUUGUCCUCCAACCAGCUCAGCUGCUGAAGGGUGACAUCAUGGUGGUGUGCUACAAUAAAAACCCUGAGGCUGCAAGCCGAGAGGUCAUUUUCAGGCUCCAAUUUCACACAGGCGUUAUCCACGGACACCCCAUGCUAUUCCCAAAGCAGGAGCUCGACAUAGCCAAUAAAGAUCCGAGGUUUCCAGUCGAUGGGAAGGUUGAGCUGAUGUUCUAUGAUAGUCCCGAGAAGAUGCCAGGAAUUGGUUGCUGGAAAAACGGACCCUCUGUGAUGAUCGAUUAUGACACCUUGGAUCCACUGAUUCGACGGGACUCCUAUGAAAACAUCUCUCCAGAUGGAAAAGAUCUGCCUCUUAGUCCGGUUGAUGCCAGACUCUAUGUGAGGAAGAGGAGCACUGACGAAGGAGGAGCUCUGUUUCCUCCUGCAUCCAGUGGACCAAACCCCGUUGACCUCAACAUGUCAACCAGCAGUGACUCAGGUCUCUCUAUUGCCUCCCAGUGGAAUGGAGCGAACCCCAGGAGAGGGCCCAGCCAGGACAAAUGUACCCAGCCCAGGAGGGUUCUCUCUGAGGUCAAUCCGGAGCCGGCUCAAUGUCUUCCAAAGGACAUGGCUGAGCUUCCAGGCUCCAGUAAUGGAGGGGAGGGGUUGGUGGGAGAAGGGCAGCGCAUCAAAGGGGAGCCCUUACCCAGCGAGAGGGAGACAGACAUACUGGAUGACUAUGAAGCUAGCCACAAGGCUACUCUGGCCCUGGGCAGGCCCAGCGAGGCUAGCAUUGGCCUGCUGUCCUCAGGGACCCAGCGAUUGGUCCAGAGUGGAAGAACAUACUCCACCAAAACCACCCACACCACCCAAUCGUGGAUACAGCAGCAGCAGAUGGUCGACGCCCACCCGCAAACCUAUCCGCACACGGAUGAGGAGGAGCUAACCGACAGGCGGCGGCUCAUCUCUCCUCCGAUAAGUCAAGAGGCUAUGUCUUUUCCAGCCACGCCCAGUCGGGGGAGCAGCAGUAGAGAGGCGGUGCUGAGAGUUGUAGUGGGAGGGGUGGGAGGCGGGGAGUUGCUGGUACCGAAUGACACUGACACAAAGGCUGAACACACUAAACACACACUGCACACCACACGCCCUACACACACACCGCACGAUACACACGCUAAAGAAACGCUACCUGUCUCAGGGGAACCCUGCGGGCAGGAGGAGCUGGCGUUGUUAGCGACAGACAUGGAUGAGUCCAUUGAGCAGCUCAACCAGCUUAUUUUAGACUUGGACCCCACCUUUAUACCCGUCCCCACCCGACACCACCCCCUCCACUUGUCCUGCUCUGCCUCCCUCUACGCCAAUGGGACUAGCCAAAUGACCACCCACCCCAACGGCAGCCAAUCAGGAAUAAAUCACAUACAGGCAAGCGAUGUCACAGAUUACCCAGGCUUCCACAGUCCUGGUUGGGCAGGAACCCAGACAUUUCAGAACUUUCCGCCAUGCUACAAGCCUAACCUCUCUCCUUCCCAGCAUGGCCGUAUCUAUGGAAUGGACAGUGUGGAUUAUCAAGGUCAGACCACAGUGAUGGACGGUUAUGGCGUGGUCCCCCCCACACCUGCAUUUCCUGUCACCCCUCCAACGCCAUAUGUGAAACAUUUUCCAGUUACAGCCUUCCCUUACCUGAAGUCUGGAGAGGGACAGGGGGAAAUGAGCAGAACAUCUCGAGACUCUAGAAGUUUCCUGGGCAGUAGUAUGACCCACACGCCAGCCUCAUCGGACGGGGAGCUUUUCCACCCUGAUGUGUCUGGCACUUCUGCUUCCUGUCAGAUCAUUUUUGGAUCCAUGCCAUCUGUAUCAUCAGGGAGUCCCUUCCCACCCACUGACUGCCAAACUCCACCUCCGGUAUGGUCGGACAGGACUCCCACAUCUGUGUCCUCCCCGUUCCACCUCCGCUCUUUCCCCUCCCAGUCUCCUCUCAGCCUCCCCAAUGCCCACAGCUCCCCACAGUGGCCUUCGAGGAGCCCGGAGGUUCCUGGGGGUCAGAGCCAGGGUGAGAGGAGCGAGGGGGACCAAAGACAGGAGAACUCUCUGCUGCUGGGAAACUGGGGUCUGGAGCGCAGCCUGUUGGAAGCAAUGGAAGGGCUGGAUUUGGGACUGGACCUGGGGCUUGCAGAGGACCGACUGGGGGGACUGCCACCUCUGCUGCCUGAGAAAAGGGUCCUGGGGCUGGGGCAGGCUGGGUCCCGUUCCCCCUCUCUUAGUGGGUUCUCCAGUCCCCUUAGUGGAAGUUGUCUCAGCAUCCCUUUCCCCUCCGCCAGCACCCCUGACCCACUCAGGGGACCCAGCACUGCCGGUGGUGGAGCCCCCUUGCUUGGAUCAGAUACAUUUGCCAGUAAGCAGGACACUGUGAAGUUUGUACAGGACACGUCCAAGUUUUGGUACAAACCCGACAUCUCCAGAGAUCAAGCCAUCGUUGUGCUGAAGGACAGAGAACCUGGAUCCUUCAUCGUCAGGGACAGUCACUCGUUCCGUGGAGCCUAUGGAUUGGCUAUGAAGGUGUCCAGCCCCCCUCCUUCUGUCUUGACACAGAGCAAAAAAGUGAGUGGUGACCUAUCCAAUGAGCUGGUGAGGCACUUCCUGAUUGAAUGCACGCAGAAAGGGGUGCGGCUUAAGGGCUGCCCCAACGAACCCUACUUUGGAAGUCUGACUGCAUUGGUCUGUCAACAUGCCAUCACACCCUUGGCCCUGCCCUGCAAACUCAUCAUCCCAGGCAGAGACCCUCUGGAAGAGACUAGCGAGUCGUCAACACAGACAGCCACCAACUCUGCGGCAGACCUUCUGAAACAAGGAGCAGCCUGUAACGUGUGGUUCCUGGGCUCCGUAGAGCUGGAGUCCCUAACGGGGUACCAGGCGGUGCAGAAGGCAGCCAGUCAGAUGCUGGCCAUGGAUCCUCCUCCCACCUCCACUGUAGUCCACUUCAAAGUCUCCACCCAGGGCAUCACCCUGACUGACAACCAGAGGAAGCUGUUCUUCAGGAGACACUACAAUGUCAACACUGUCAUAUUCUGUGCCCUUGACCCACAGGACCGCAAGUGGACAAAAGAUGGCUGCACCUCUGCUAAGAUCUUUGGUUUUGUGGCGAGGAAGUCGAUGAGUGGGGCAGAGAACGUAUGUCACGUUUUUGCAGAGCACGACCCCGAGCAACCCGCCAGCGCAAUCGUCAACUUCGUCUCCAAGGUGAUGAUCGGCUCAACAAAGAAAUAAAACAUGGACACACACACACAUGCACACAAUCUAUGUAUGUCCUGCUGGUACAUACUGCACUUAUAUAAAUGCAGCUGCAGAGAAGACUAUUGCGUUGCAUUGUGGGUUAUAACCAGCAGAGGGUAGCAACAGCUUCACCUGGCACACCCUGGGGGUUUAGGGUGACCUUGCCUCUGGAAACUGACCCUGGCUGAGUUUUGUAUUCUCCCCACAAGUAGUUAAAUCUACGAUUGGGACAGGGGAAAUCUGAUCCUGUUUCCAGGAUAAACUUCACCUGGAAGCACAUUGAGGACUUAACCUUCUCAAGAAAACCAACACUUGUGAAAAAGUAUGUUCUGUUCAGAGGAGGCUGAUGGGAAGUGAUAUGUUUGUUGGCUGCUGCACAGGAAGUGAUAAAACACACAUGGUUUGAUGCUAUUUCUCUGCCCACCAGCCACUACGGAUGUUUAUGACAUUAUUGUGAAGAGAAUCUUUCCUUUAUAAUGUACAGGUUUUGAAGGAACUUCAUUUGUUUAACUUUAUCUAUGUGAUAUUCUGUUAACUCCACAUUAUUAUCCCUUUUCCAGAAAUACAAUACAGCUACAGUAAUGUGUCCUUAGAAGCAACUGACAGUUAAAAAAUUGGUCCAUGAAAAGUGACUGUACACUUCCACACAAGGAAAUUCUGCUCCAGCAUAGAAUGUUUAGCCUGACAUCGAUAAAAUAUGUGGAUUCAUGUGAUACUUUUUAUUCUGUUUAGUUACGUUAGGUUGACAAGAAGCAUUUUAUUUCUACUAUAUAUCAUGGUAUGAAUGAAAAUGAAUAAAACAUUUUAACAGAACUGUCAGCACCCAAGAUGCAGAAAGACAGGCUGCGCUAAUGCAGUUGGAGACAAUUUGAUUGACAGUUGUGGUCGUCCAGCGAUGGACGUAAGUCCCAAUUCAGGCGCGGCAUUUCUCUCUUUACAGACUAAGGAAAUGUCGGUACACUGGCGGUUCAGAACCACAUCCAGAGAAGAUUUCCUACCUGCACUUAAAAAGCGCUAGUGUUGCCUUACAGAUGUACAACUGUCAUAACCGAAGCGCUUCGGAGGCACCACAGUCUAUAUGUCUGAAAAGAGUAUUAGUCUCUUUAUCUGCUUUCCACAGCCACAGGCUCUCAACAAAGAAAUGGGUUACUUUAGUCAUACCUGGGUUGGUUGAGAAACACUUUUUAGAACUUAGUUCAGCCCAAUCAGGGAGAUGUGUCAUAGCUUAAGAUCAGAGCUGGAGCAGUAAUCACUAAACAAUUCAGGCACCAACGAUAAUCAAUAGAAAGCAGCUUGUGGCUCUCAUUAUAUGUGACCACAGAACAUAGACAAUGCUGUUUUUUUUUUUUUUUUACAAAUAUUCCUAACUAAACGAUGAAUGGAGUACAUUUUUCCUGGUAAACUGUUCCUGGUAAUAUGAUGACAGGGGUCAAUUUAGAUAUUCUUGGUAAUAAGAUGAAUGGGUUCCAAUUAGUCAAUCCCCAGCUCAUUAUGUUCUGUGCUUGGCUGAGGUUUAGUAUAUUGUAUCUUCCCUUCAAGACAAAAGCCAAUAUCCAGGUGUCCCGGAAUUCAGAUGAAAUAUUAAUUACUGAUCAUGUAUUUGAAUAAGUGUUUCUUUAAAUACAGUAUUUGAUAACGUAAUUGUCUCUAUAUUUUGAAAGAAGAAUAACCACAGAGAAAACAAGCUACACUGAAAUAUGGCUGUGAGGGGUAUUUUGAUGACAUCUUGCUCUCAGAAGUGGUGUGGUGUAACCAUGAUGACUGUUUGAGGAAGAAUGUAUCCCAAAUAGCAUUCUAUUCCCAAUAGUACAAUGAAGUAUUGUACUUCUGGUCAAAAGUAGUGCACUAUGGGAAACUUGGUUUAUUUUGGUGCGUCCCUGAUGUCUUUUACUUGUUGUUGGAGAGUUGUUGGGAUUGCUAGAGAACGUUGUUGUAAGAAUGUGUAAAUUAAUAUUGUAUAGUUCUAGCUGAAGUAUCCUCACAUUUUUUUGAAAAUAAAAAAACAAUAACCUUAAA